UGACGUAUGCAUAGUCACCCCCCCCUACCGCGAAACCGCCAAUUGUCGCUCGGAAGACCGAAAGGCGCCAGGUUCAAUUGUCCGUAUUUUAUUUUUGCUUUGUUUCUUUGUAUAGUUUGCAUUUCAAACAUCAACAAUAUAAAACGAUGGGUCGCAGACAGUCGCUGCAGACGGAGACGCCGCGCAGGUCCGCCCGCCUGAUGAGCGCCGCGGCGGCGGAGGAGAACUCAGAGAGGGUGGGAGGAGAGCAGCUCCGACACGGGAUUAGAGCUGCGGAGUCCGGAGCCUAUGAUCCCAUCCCAGAGACUGCUGACGAGACCGGUGCUAGGGCGCCGAUGGACUCCCGCCUGGGCACAAUAAGUUCUGACUGUAGUGUAGUCUUGAACAGGCUGAAGUUGGAAGAUGACCAGAGCGAUGGGGAGAAUGAGAGAAAAGAGGAUGGAGAAAAGGAGGAGCUUCGGAGAUCUGCGAAGUCUUCCACCUCAAGGAUCCCCACCUUCCAAAGCUCGACGUCACGGCGUCGUACCACCGGCCAACCAGCUGACGCAUCUAGCCAGGUUUUAGCCAGGGGAGAUGUCUUCAGCCUGCCGGUCCAUCCCCGGGGGAAAGGAAGUGGUGGGGGGGAGUCCAUUAAAGGAAAGGGGGCAGGCAGCAAGGACGCAGCUCUUGCCUUCCCCUUGACGCGUCACCCCAUUGGUGACCCAGUGAUCUCCAAUCCUAGUAGCCAGAGAAUAGGUGAAUUACUGCCUCAUUCUGGUCAUGAAGAACCGUUUAGCAGUCCCCUUGAAGCACCCCUCCCUAGCCACAAAGCAAACGUCUCCACCGGUCGCAAGUCUCCAACCCUCCCCAGCAGCAGCGGCAGCCACUUCCAGCAGCCUGGGCCGCCUGUCCUCACCCCCCGUCCGGCCUUAAGGGCAGAAUUGGCCUCCAGAGAUCCAGAACUGCCAACUGACCAGCAUCAGGAGCUCUCAGGUCAGAUGGAAGCCAAGGUCGGGGGUUUGCCCUCUGACCAAAAUGAAGUAGAAGAGCUGGAAGAGUCCCAGGUUCAAGCAGAGAUCGUGUCUGACUCUGGUGAAGAGUUGCGAGAGGAGGAGCAAUCCGUGGAUGAAGAUGGAGGUCAGGGUGAAAUCAAGUGCAGGCCUAAUUUUAGGCCGGGUUUCUCAAAAAAAGAAGCUGAAUCUUGUGAGGAUUCUCAGGUCAUGGGGAACCGUGCUGAGAACGUGCCAGUUAAAGGAAAGGGGCUCGGUGCCAGGCUGCAGGGCACUGGGGAAGGAGUGCAGCUUCCCAAAUCCAGAGGAGAUGCGGGCACUACGGAAGGCACAAAGAAAAAACAAGCGUCGCCAAGGAGCACCGUGGAAGCGUCGGCUGUCCGGCCCCCAGGCUCGGGGGGAGCCAAAUCCCGGCCGUCGUCCAGGAAAUGUGGUCCCUGCCUCUGCUUGACCCUGCCAAUGCUCCUUCUACUGUGUGGAUUUUCUCUUCACAUCUGGCGCUACGGAACCCCAGCUUCUGUGGCCCAGCUGCUGGUACAGGUGCAACUGGAAUGUCUGAAUAUGCUGCAGGGGUCAAGACCGCCCUGCAACAGCGACUGCAGCUUCUCCCUGGUGGAGAGUAUCCCCGAGGGCAUGGAGCUGGGCACCCCGGUGCUGCCCCCUAUCUCUCAGGCCUGGUUGGAUCUGCUGAGCGGGGCCAACGAGACAGUCAGCAUCGCAGCCUUCUACUUCACCCUCAGGGCCUCCGACGUGGGGAUGGAGGAGCCCAGUGCUCACCAGGGGGAGGAGGUCUUUCAGAAGCUCGUACAACUGCAGUCGAGGGGUGUUAAACUCCAGAUUGCCGUCAAUAGCCCGCAGGCCAAUCCUCAGGACACAGACGACUUUGCCAGAUCAGGUGCAGAAGUGCAUGCUGUGGACCUGCAUUCUGCCACCGGUGGCAUCGUCCACACCAAGCUGUGGGCUGUGGAUGGAAAGCACUUGUACGUGGGCAGUGCCAACAUGGACUGGCGUUCCCUCACACAGGUCAAAGAGCUUGCGGCCGUGGUACAGAACUGCAGCUGUCUCGCGGAGGAUGCGUCCCGCUUGUUUGGGGUCUACUGGUACAUCGGUGCACACGGAGGAGCCCCUUUGCCUCCUUACUGGCCCUCCCAGUACUCUGCCCUCACGAGCGCGCAGCGCCCCCUGCUGGUCAAGCUGAACGGCGUCCCCGCCCAUGUGUACCUCUCUAGUGCCCCCCCACCUCUUGCAGCCUACGGGCGCACGGACGACCUCUCUGCCAUCCUGUCAGUCAUCGCCGACGCUCAGGAAUUCGUCUACAUCUCCGUUAUGGAUUACCUUCCCUUUACAGAAUUCACGCAGCCUGCAAGAUUCUGGCCGGCCAUAGACUCGGCCUUGCGAGACGUCGCCUGCAGCAGAAGGGUGCAGGUCAGGCUGCUGGUGAGCUGUUGGUCCCACUCCCACGGCGAUAUGUUCGUCUUCCUGGAGUCCCUGGCCGUCCUGCACCAGCAUCCGCUGGGCUGCCCCAUCCAAGUGAAAGUGAUCGAGGUCCCUUCCACUCCUGCGCAGUCCCUCAUCCCCUUCGCCAGAGUCAACCACGCCAAGUACAUGGUGACAGACAGAGUCGCUUACAUUGGAACCUCCAAUUGGUCAGAGAAUUACUUCUCGCAUACCGCUGGUGUGGGCUUGGUGGUGAAUCAGACUGGUUUCCAGGCGGGUCCCAGUCAGCAGACUGUGCCAAGCCAGCUUGAGGAGGUUUUUAUGAGAGACUGGACAUACAGCUCUUCUCAUCCUCUCUCACAUGAGCAUGUAAAACGCUGCGGUAAACACACAUAAUUGUAGAUGUCUUUGCUCUCUCACAGCUUGUGCUGGCAGUUCUGUACCUAACUGUAUAUGUUGAUAGUUCAGAGAGUGUCUCUGAUUUAUAUAUAUAUAUAUAAUGCCAAAAAACAUUUUAUUCCAUUGCUUGUUUUUACAGAAGCAACUUUGUCUUUAUCCAUUUAUACUGCUGUAUAUAUUUUUCUAGAGUGGAUCUGGUUUAAAUACCUUGCUCAGGUGUAUGUCAACAGGGAUUAAAAUUGGACUUAAACUUAUGAAUUGUGUCCAUAAGCACCACACUUCCUGCUGCCCAAUGUGUAUUUUGCAUAGUUGCUGUCGAAUGAAAUAGCAUUUUUUUUUUUUGCAGUGCUUGUGCGGAACAUUUUAUUAUUUUAUUUUUUUAAAGCUCUUUAUGUGCGUCAAACAAUCACACAUGAUGUGCAGGAUUACCCUCACUAUAAGGUUCUGUGGAAAUUAAUGUCAGGCUUUGUCAUGUUUAAAGAUUAAACAACUUUUAAAACAUU